UUGAUCGAAGUAGACGUGUGUCGUGUAUUUAUACAUUUUAUUAUAAUUUAAUAAAUUAUAGCUUGUUCAUUAAAAUUUAAUUUUAUAUUGAUGUCUUGGAGGUUUUAAGUUAAGUGAUAAGUGUCACGAAAAGAUAAAAGCACAAACAUAAAUCGAAUGAACCAACAAUAAUGCCGCGUCCACACUCAUGAUGAAACCGUUUGCGGGCCAAGGGGGCGUGAAUGGCUUCGUUAUGAUGUACAUGACGAAAUGGAAGCGUGUCGCCGUACUACUGUUGCUGAUUUGGAUAUUUGUUACGUACCUCGUGAUAUCGCCGCUCAGAUGCGAUGGGAGCACGGAGGAUGUAUCGGAAUUCCAAGACCGACUGAAGACUGUGUCGAUGCAGUUGGAAUCUCUUAAACAACAGCACAAUAAACUGAUCGCACAGAUUAAAAAGUCCUCGGGACUAAACGUAAAUCUCAAAGACCUAGACACUGGAUCGCUAUUCGAUUCGGUUGGAGGGCCAUCGGAGGAAUAUGAGAAUCUCAGGAGGAGAAUAUUCUCGAACACGAAGGAAGUGUGGUACUUCAUUAACCAUGAGCUGACGAAAAUCAUUAAGGGGGACCGUAAGGUUGAAAAGCUGCAGUCGAUUUUGGACCAACUUGCGCACAGGAAAGGGGUGCUACUCGCGGACCAGCAGAAGCUUCCAGAACUCGACGGCUACCAAGACUGGAGGCUGGCUGAGGCGGCCAAUGUUAGUGACCUGGUCCAAAGGAGACUGAAAUAUCUGCAGAAUCCGCCGGAUUGCAGGGAUGCCAGAAAAGUGAUAUGCAAUUUGAAUAAGGGCUGCGGUUUCGGCUGCCAACUCCACCACAUAGUGUACUGUCUGAUAUUCGCGUACGCGACGGAGAGGACCCUGAUACUUAACUCUAAGGGCUGGAGGUACAACACCAAGGGGUGGGAGUAUGUGUUCCACCCCAUAUCGGACAGCUGCGUGUCGACGUAUGAUGAUAAGAUUGUGCAGUGGCCGGCGGCAUACGAUCCGAAAGUGGUCUCUUUGCCAUUCAUCGACUCCAUCUCGCAGAAGCCCAAGUUCCUGCCGCUCGCCAUACCCUCGGAUCUAGCUCACCGGAUAGUGCGUUUCAACGGCGACCCAGCGUCCUGGUGGAUCGGCCAAAUGCUGAAGUACAUACUGAAGCCGCGGCCCGCCAUGCAGAAAGCGAUCAACGAGACCAUUGCCAAGAUGCACUUUAAGAGGCCAAUAGUGGGAGUACACAUACGUCGCACAGACAAAGUUGGCACAGAGGCGGCUUUCCACAGUAUAGACGAAUAUAUGGUGCACGUUAAGGACUAUUACGAUCAGUUAGAAAUCACACAAACUGUAGACGCUAGGAGGGUCUAUUUGGCCAGCGAUGAUGCCAAUGUGUUAGAGGACGCCCGCAAGAAGUACCCCGAGUACACGUUCCUCGGCGACGCGACGAUCGCGAAGACCGCGGCGACGCACCGCCGCUACACGCCCGCCUCGCUCACCGGCCUGCUCGUCGACCUGCACCUGCUCGCCAUGUGCGACCACCUCGUCUGCACCUUCAGCAGCCAGGUGGGGCGCGUGGCGUACGAGAUGAUGCAGACGAACCGCGCGGACGCGUGGGCGGCGUUCGCGUCUAUUUCAGUAUAUAUGAAUGAAUUAAUAUUUAGUUAG